UACUACAACUCAAUUCCCCUUGUAAAAUCACUCCCUCCCUACUCUCAAACGCUCUCUCUCUCUCUCUCUCUCUCUCUCUCUCUCUCUCUCUCACAUCAGCAAUAUCAGAACCUGAGAUAACACUGAUAGAGCGCAGCCAACAGCAGCUGCGCAAAGUAUACUUCCAAUUCCCGGUUCGUUAACUAACGGUUUUCCUCUCUUCCCAUUUUACCCCUCCCGUCUUCUCCAAUUCACAUCCAAACGCCAUCGCACCUCCACCACGAGAUCUGAACACCGGAAGAGUGACUAAUAAUUAAGCAACGGCGCCGUUUCACUCACGCGCACUCCCAACAGCCAGUAAAAAAUGAUUUCGUGGCACGACCUUUACAACGUGUUGACGGCGGUGGUGCCGCUGUACGUGGCGAUGAUCUUAGCCUAUGGCUCCGUCCGGUGGUGGAAGAUCUUCUCCCCUGACCAGUGCUCCGGCAUCAACAGCUUCGUGGCGAUAUUCGCUGUCCCCUUGCUCUCCUUCCACUUCAUCUCCACCAACGACCCCUACACCAUGAACUUCCGGUUCAUCGCCGCCGACACCCUCCAGAAAAUCAUCAUGCUCUUCGCCCUCGGCCUAUGGACCAACUUCACCCGCAACGGCAGCCUAGAGUGGCUGAUUACGAUUUUCUCCCUCUCCACCCUCCCCAACACUCUCGUCAUGGGGAUUCCGCUGUUAAUCGCCAUGUACGGCAAAAAAAUCCCGGAAUCCGGCAGCCUCAUGGUGCAGCUGGUGGUGGUCCAGUGCAUCAUCUGGUACACUCUCCUACUCUUCCUGUUCGAGUACCGCGGUGCCAAGCUCUUAAUCAUGGAGCAGUUUCCGGAGACCGCUGCCUCCAUCGUCUCCUUUAAACUCGACUCCGACGUCGUUUCGCUCGACGGCAGGGAUUUUUUGGAAACCGAUGCCGAAAUCGGUAACGACGGAAAGCUCCACGUCAAGGUCCGGAAGUCCAACGCAUCGAGGCGGUCGCUAUCUGCAAUGACGCCCCGGCCGUCUAACCUCAGCAGCGCGGAGAUUUACAGCCUGAGCUCCUCCCGAAAUCCCACCCCGCGAGGCUCCAACUUUAACCCCUCCGAUUUGUACUCCGUGAUGGGGGUUCAUGGGUUCAACAGCCGCCACUCCAACUUCGGACCCGCCGACUUGUAUUCGGUUCAGUCCUCCCGCGGUCCGACUCCACGGCCCUCCAAUUUCGAGGAGAAUUGCGCGGCUCAGACCGUUAUGACGGUACCCGCAUCGUACCCGGCCCCGAAUCCUGAAUUCUCGGCGCCCACAGCUAAAAAUAGCAACACAAUUCAACAGCAGCAGCAGCCGCAAGUGGCAGCGCAACCGGUUUCGGACAGUGCUGCUGCUAAAACGAAUAGUCAUCUCGAUGCUAAAGAGCUCCACAUGUUCGUUUGGAGCUCCAGCGAGUCCCCUGUUUCUGAAGGCAGUGGGCUCCAUGUUUUUGGUGGGACCGAUUUCGGUGCUGCCGAGGAAUCUGGACGGUCCGAUCAUGGCGCCAAGGAGAUCAGAAUGCUUGUUGCUGACCACCUCCAAAAUGGAGAAAACAAAGUUCCGGAGAGUGCGCCAACGGCGGAGGGGUACGGCGGGGAAGCGUUGAGAUGUGGCUGGAGGGGUGGCGAGGGAGAGGAGGCUGAAGGGGAAAAAGAGGGAACCACAGGGCUUAAUAAGCUGGCGUCCAGCUCCACUGCAGAGCUGCACGCAAGGGGCGGAAGGCAAAUGCCGCCGGCGAGCGUUAUCACCCGUCUGAUCUUGAUCAUGGUUUGGCGGAAGCUUAUCCGUAACCCCAACACGUAUUCGAGCCUCAUUGGUCUCAUCUGGGCUCUCAUCGCUUUCCGGUGGCAUGUGGGGAUGCCAAAAAUAGUAGAAAAGUCAAUUUCCAUACUGUCUGAUGCUGGACUUGGAAUGGCUAUGUUCAGCUUAGGUCUUUUCAUGGCACUUCAACCCAGGAUAAUAGCAUGUGGGAACUCAGUUGGCGGAUAUGCAAUGGCAGUAAGGUUCCUCACUGGCCCCGCCGUUAUGGCUGCCGCCUCCAUUGCUGUUGGCCUCCGGGGCACCCUCCUCCACUUAGCGAUUGUCCAGGCUGCUCUUCCUCAAGGACUUGUUCCCUUUGUCUUUGCCAAGGAGUACAAUGUUCAUCCAGCCAUUCUUAGCACUGCGGUUAUUUUCGGAAUGUUGAUAGCGUUACCUAUUACAUUGGUCUACUAUAUUCUUCUGGGAUUGUAAUUGUUGGUGUCACAGAAGCACAGAUGGAUACACAAAGCUAGGAAAAAGAAGAGAGAUCAAAUCGUAUGUGUGUGGCCACGCAAAAAUACUCAAAAUGUGUCACACAUUGAAAUCGACAAGGAUUUUCUGGUAGAGAAAAAGCUUAGCUAGCUAGAUUAAGUACGAUGGAAAUCAACGAAGAAUCCGCCGAGGUCUGAAGGUGUUUUAUUCCAAAUUUUGGGGAGCAAAUUAAUAGAUUUUUUUACUUUAUGUAAUUAAGAAAAGCCCUGUUUAUAAGGAUCAUGCUCCCAUGAAAGGCCGAAGUUAGUCUAAAUUUGUGAGAGCUUGUUGGAAGGGAGCAAACGUAGGAGAGUAAAACAAGGAAGAAAAGCAGAUGAUUUAUUAAUUAAUCAAUGUGCUUUGUUGCGUUAGA